AUGGUGGUACCUACUGCGUCUUCCGACAAGGUCAACCUGCGUAACACUGCUGGCGUCGAUUCAACCAAAUACCCUGGGUCGGAUUGUGACUCAACUACCCCAGACGACACAAUCGAUGAGUACAACCCAGCUGAGACAAGGUCGAUUAUCAGCAAUGAGCAUGCUAGUCGUGAAGAAGUCGAGCGACUUCACUCCUUGUCUAGAGAAGUAACUAACCUCACCUUUUACGAGGGAGAUCUCCGUGUGGACCCCGAUGCGUUUGACUUGAGAAAGCUUCUUUACACGCAGAUCAAGCAGUCUGAGCUUUCGGGAGUGAAGCUUAGGGAUAUGGGUGUCUCGUUUGAGAACAUGACGGUCAGAGGCAUCGAUCAAUCGUAUGCUUUCUUACCCACGCUCUCUGAUGUCUUGAACAUGCCAGCCUCCAUUUUCAGAACCUUGCGUUCAAUAGGCCACAAACCCGAGAAAGACAUUUUGCACGAAUUAAACGGCUACGCUAGAAGCGGAGAAAUGGUGCUUGUGUUGGGGAGACCUGGAGCUGGCUGCUCGACAUUCCUAAAGGCCCUCACGGGCACUGAUUCUUCUAUGUACACGGGCAUCUUUGGUGACAUUGAGUACGAUGGAUUGCCCAGAAAUAGCAUGGUUCGCCACUUCAAGCAGGACUUGAUCUACUGCCCUGAAUUAGAUACCCACCAUCCCCAUCUCACUGUGGAGCAGACAUUGGAUUUUGCCAUCCGUUGCAAAAUGCCUGAUAAGCGAGUCAAUGACAUGUCGAAGGAUGACUACGUCAAGUUCAUGAGAGAAAUGCUUGCUACAGUGUUUGGUUUACGUCACACUUUCAAGACAAAAGUGGGUAAUGACUUCAUUCGUGGUGUAUCUGGUGGUGAAAGAAAGAGAGUCUCCAUCGCUGAGGCAUUGGCAUGUCAGGGCACGGUCUACUGUUGGGAUAAUGCCACUCGUGGUUUGGAUGCUUCUACUGCUUUGGAGUACGCCCAAGCCAUUCGUGUGUCUACUGACAUCUUAAGAUCAACUGCUUUUGUCACUAUUUAUCAGGCUUCUGAAAACAUAUACGAAACUUUUGACAAGGUCACCGUUUUGUACAAGGGUCGCCAGAUCUACUUCGGAUCUACUAAGGAAGCCAAGGCAUACUUCGAAGACAUGGGUUUCGAAUGUCCUCCAAGACAAUCUACCGCUGAAUUCUUGACAGCGAUCACUGACCCUCACGGUCGUUUCCCCAAACCUGGAUUCGAAAACAAAGUUCCUCGUACUGCCGAGGACUUUGAGGCGUAUUGGUUGGCAUCUGACGCUUUUAAGAAUCUUAAGAACGAGAUUCAAGACUACAAGUCUGAGCAAAACCCUGAUGAAACUAAACGUAGUUUGAUCGAGUCCAUCAAGCAACAAAAGCAAAGGGGCCAAAGAACUGGCUCUCACUACACGGUGAACUUCUACGAGCAGUUUCGUUUGAAUAUGAUGAGAGGUUUCCAGAGCAUGAAAGGUGAUAAAGCAUACGCGGUGACUCAGACGAUUGCCGCUAUUGCCCAAAGUUUGAUUGUUGGCUCUCUCUAUUACAACACUCCAAAUGACGUGUCUGGUGCAUUUUCGAGAGGGGGUGUGAUUUUUUUCUCGGUUUUGUACUUGUCAUUGAUGGGUCUUGCAGAGAUCUCCAACUCGUUUAAUCAAAGACCAAUUAUGAUGAAACAACAUAACUACUCAUUUUACCAUCCAUCAGCAUGUGCCGUUGCCGACGCCCUCAGUUCUGUGCCGCUCACUCUCUUUAUUACCAUCGUUUUCUCUUUGAUUCUUUACUUCUUGUCUAAUUUGAAAAGAGACGCUGGUGCAUACUUUACAUUCUUGCUUUUUUCAUUCCUAGUGUCUCUAAGCAUGAACGGUCUAUUCAAAGCUAUUUCGGCUUGGAACAAAACAAUUUCUGCUGCCAAUGCAUUUGCUGGUGUCCUCAUCUUGGCUGCAUUGAUGUACUCGUCUUUCAUGAUUCAAAGACCAUCCAUGAGGGUAUACUUCAAGUGGAUCUCUUAUAUUAACCCUGUGCUUUACGGUUUCGAAGCCAUGCUCACUACUGAGUUUCACGGACGAAAAAUGGAAUGUUCCGGUGCAAACCUUGUUCCCAGAGGACCUGGCUAUGACUCAUCUCGAGCAGCUUGCGCUUUUCAAGGUUCAGAACCCGGCCUGAGCAUCGUCAGUGGUGAUGCUUAUGUUGAGACUGCUUUCACAUACAGCUUUAGUCACGUUUGGAGAAACUUCGGUAUCUUGAUUGGUUUUAUUGUGUUCUUCAUUGUUGUUGCCGCAAUUGGUUUUGAAGUUGUUCGUCCAGUGUCUGGUGGUGUCGACAGACUUUUCUUUUUGCGUGGCAAGAAGCCUGAACACAUUUUAACUCCCGAAGAGAAGGCGAAGGCUGACGCUGAGAGGGGUGGCGAAGGUGAUUCCGAUUUGGAAAAAGUUAAGCCUGAGAAGACUGCAGCAUCAUCAAAUUCUGCUUUGGCAGACUUAGAAUCGAAAGACAUCUUCUGCUGGAAAAAUGUUGACUACGUGAUCCCAUACGAUGGUGGUCAAAGGAAGCUCUUGGACGACGUUUCUGGUUUUUGUAUACCUGGUAAGUUGACCGCCUUGAUGGGGGAGUCCGGUGCUGGUAAAACUACUUUAUUGAACGUGUUAGCUCAAAGAGUCAACAUGGGUGUUAUCACGGGAGAUAUCUUGGUGAAUGGUAAGCCACUUGAUGGAUCAUUUAGUCGUCGUACUGGCUACGUCCAACAACAGGACAUUCAUUUGGCUGAGACAACUGUCAGAGAAGCCCUUCGUUUUUCAGCCCAGCUAAGAAGACCCAAUUCCGUUCCUGACAGCGAGAAAUUUGAAUACGUGGAAAAAAUUAUCGAGAUAUUGGAAAUGGAAGAGUACUCUGAUGCUAUUGUUGGUCAGCUUGGAUCUGGCCUUAAUGUGGAACAACGUAAGAAAUUGACUAUCGGUGUCGAAUUGGUCGCCAAGCCCUCCUUGUUACUAUUCCUUGAUGAGCCAACUUCGGGUUUAGACUCCCAAUCUGCAUGGUCCAUCGUAAAACUUUUAAGAGAUUUGGCUUCUGCUGGUCAGGCUAUUCUUUGCACAAUUCACCAGCCCUCGGCUACCUUGUUUGAAGAAUUCGAUAGGUUGUUGCUUUUGAGAAAGGGUGGUCAAACUGUUUACUUUGGGGAAAUUGGUAAGCGUUCGAGAACAAUCUUGGACUAUUUUGAAAGAAACGGAGCAAGAAAAUGUCUUGAGCAAGAAAACCCUGCUGAAUAUAUUUUGGAAGCCAUCGGUGCUGGUGCCACUGCCUCAACAGAUAAAAAUUGGUUCGAAGUGUGGAGCAACUCUCAAGAGAAGAUCGAUGUUGAGAAGCGUGUUUCCCAGCUUAUUGAAGAGGGAAAGCAAAAGGCGGGCUUGUCAGAAAAGGAGGCCAAGGAGCUUCAGAAUCCAUACGCUACCAACAUCCCUUACCAGUUUGUCAUCCUUGUGAGACGCACAUUUCUUGCUUUCUGGAGAAAGCCGCUGUAUAUCAUGGCAAAGACAUUCUUGAUGACAAUCAGUGGUUUGUUUAUCGGUUUCACUUUCUUUGGAUUGAGCAAGUCGAUCACAGGUAUGCAAAACGGCAUGUUCUGUGCUUUUUUGUCAGUCGUUGUCUCGGCCCCCGUUAUCAAUCAGAUUCAGGAGCAAUGUAUGGCUGUUCGUGAUGUCUUCGAAGGCAGGGAGAGACUCUCCAACACCUACCGUUGGUGGCUUCUUGUUUUGGCUCAAUAUGUCUGUGAAGUACCUUUUAACUACGUUGCAGCUGCAUUUAUGUUUGUCUCGCUUUACUUCCCCACAAGGGCUGACUUUUCUGCUCCUCAUUCAGGCGUGUUCUACUUGACACACGGAAUUUUCUUGCAACUUUUCAACAUCUCAUUUGGAUUCUUGAUUUUGUAUUUCUCACCUGAUGUUCAAUCAGCUGCGGUGUUGGUGUCGUUCUUUUACAGUUUUAUUGUUGGUUUUUCCGGAAUCGUUCAACCUGUGAGCUUGAUGCCAGGAUUCUGGACAUUCAUGAACAAGGCAAGUCCAUACACCUAUAUCAUUCAGAAUUUGGUUGCGUCGUUCCUCUACGAUCGUGAAGUUCACUGUUCUGAUAAGGAGAUGGCUUACGUAUCUCCACCAGAGGGCCAAACUUGUGCUCAAUUCCUCGGUGAUUUCAUUCAAAGUGCUGGUGGCUAUUUGGAAGAGCCAAAUAGCACGACUCAGUGUGCUUACUGCAAGUACACCAAUGCCAACGAAUACCUCUUGACGAUCCAAACGAAGUAUUCGAACAUUUGGCGUAAUGUUGGUUUUUACUGUGCCUACAUCGUCUUUAAUAUUUGCUUCUGUCUUUUCAUGUACAAAGUGAUCAGACUUUCAUCGUGGAAGCUUCCAACCAUCAAGCUCCCAUCUAUAAGACGGAAGAAGGCUUGA